AUGAAAAAGUGUGAUGAAAGACAUCCAGUCUGUUCACAAUGCACAACAUCAGAACGAUUCUGUGAAUACUUGCAAUGGGAGGCAAAGAGGACAGUGCCAAUCAGAAGAAGCCUAUCAUCAACGCCGGCAUCAUCUACCAUUCAGGAUUCCCCAUCCAAUCAAACACUGGAUGAUGACUCUGCUGCCCUUCUCCAAGAACCACCUGUCAAUAUCCUUCAUGCAGAGCUAUUCUGCCACUUGGUCACAGAUACCUUGCCAUUAAUACAGGCAGAUGAGCUGGGGAUGGCCAAUGUUCAAAUACUGAAGUGCAGCUCAGUGAAUCCAUACCUCAUGAAUGAGCUCCUUGCUCUAGCCGCCACUCAUAUUAGCAUAUUGCGCCCAUCAGACCGGAGUCUCUAUCGCCAUCAUGCAGCUCAAUUGCAAAAUCAUGCAUUGGCCUCCUUCCACAGCUCUAAUAAUCCCGAAAAAUCUGAGGAGUAUAUGUCUCGAUUCAUUUUUUCCUCCGUGCUUGGCAUGCAUAUGCUGUGCGACACUUUGAAUUUUCGAGAUCCCGACUUUACUGCCUUCCUCGAUACCUUCACGCACUAUCUACGCAUACAUUGUGGAGUACGCUCAGUGAUCCGCGAUAAAUGGCACAUUCUGACAGAUACCGCACUUGGACCGAUCUUGCGACAUGGAGCAUCGCAGCUGGAACCGAAUACAGGGUUGGGUCCGGAGUGCAGCCGGCUGUUAAAGCUUGUUGAAAAGUCGAAACUAGGUCCCUCGAUUACCCAAAUCUAUCAAACCACUAUCGAGGGCUUGCAAAAGGCCUUCAACUCGGUUUUCUCUACCAAUUCCCCCAGGAUCUACAGUGUCGGGGUUCAUUCUUGGCCAGUAACUGUUCCUUCCGAAUAUAUUGAUCUUCUUGCGCGUCGGGCCCCGGAUGCUCUGGUGAUUCUAGCACACUUUGCAGUUAUUCUGCAUUCUCACCGGGAUAAUUGGUUGUUUGGGGAUGGUGGCCGUUACUUGAUACAGUCUAUCAGCGAGUAUCUGGGGCCUGACUGGGAGGAAUGGUUAGUAUUCCCCAACCAGGUGCUCAGCGAGGCUACUGCACCGAUGACACAUUGUUAA